AUGUCAGAACUCAAGAGAAAGACUCCUGAGGAGCACAAGGCCAAGAAGAAGGCCAAACAGCAGGAGUUUGAGUCCACCCUCACACCCAACCAAGAGAGCGAGCUCCAGACCACGACUCCCAAGGAGGCUCAGCUUUCUGUGACUCUGGUUGUGCCCUCCACUUGCAUUUCAGAGACUGUUGUCAAGUCUUACCAACAAGCUGUCCACACUGCUUACCAGAUUGCUCGAGCUGCGGUGGCCUACAACGUGGACGAGAUUGUCAUCUACGAACCCUCAGAGCGGCCCGACAUCAAGCAGGAGAAGACCAAAAAGUCCGAGACUAGCUCGUUUGGAAAGCCCAAGAUUGUCUUCAACUCUGACGCAUCUAACGACCACAAGCCCGAGCUGUCCGAGCGAGCUGUGACACUGGCUUCUCUGCUGCAGUUUUUCGUCACCCCCGAUUACCUGCGAAAGUCCAUUUUCACCCCGGAAACCACUACAACCAACUUUGAGUACGCCAAGAAGCUGCCCAAGCUGCUGCUACCGUUCAUGGAGUCGCGAGACGCCCGAUACAAGGAGGGCAUGUCGAUCCCAAUGAUCCUCAACAAGAACGUCAAGAGCAAGAUCUCCAAACAAAAGAGAAACGUCAAGAAGGCUGAGGCCAAGGGUAUCGAGCUGCAGCCACCAACCGUUGAUGGUGCCACUCCUUACAUCAACAUUGGCGCUGCAGAGCCCCACGAGCUCGAAUAUGGCCAGACCGUUCCUGUGGGCGUCAGAGUGACUGUGGAUACCAAGGAGAACAAGGUUGUGUCAGCCACAGAGGCUUACGGACAAGAUACCGGGUACUCUGUUCGUGUGGCCACCGACUUCUCUCACAUCUUCACCAUGCCCUCUACUCCCGAGGGAUACGACUACACCGUGUGGUGUCCUGGUGGAGAGUUCCGACAGAGCGAGCUUGCACCGGAAACACAGCCCAAGCCCAUUCUGGCCCUGCCCCGAACUGUCAAGCGGCCUCUGUUUGUGUUUGGACAGUGGGAUCACGUCGAGGACGCCGUCAAGCACGACACUGCGCUUGGAGUGUCUGGAGCCAAGGAGCUGUUCGAUAGUAAAGUGGAUUUCAAGAGACCUGUUCGAGUGGAAGACGGAGUUUUUGUUGCUCUUGAUCGGCUGGCAUAG